AUGCCACAGAGUACCAACGACUCGUCAGCCGCUAUAACGUACGUCGAUGAUUGCCUCUAUUGGGGUUCUGAUGAUGCUGCGGAAGCAUGGUUCGAACAAGCCCUCGGGCAACAGCUCAAAAUCGACUUCAUGGGUGAUCUUUCCUUCUAUCUUGGAGCCCAUUACGACUGGCAAGUAAUUCUGGACGGUCGCUUGUGCAUUCACUGCUUGCAGGAAGGACACAUUCACAAGAUGCUCGACCAACACUCCAUGCUUGAUGCGAAUGCAGUCGACAGCCCCUAUCGCAGUGGACUUCCCAUCGAUCGAGUACGGCACGACGGACUCGACCCAUCCGAGAAACCCCUUCUUGUGAAAGCGUACCAGUCUAUUGUUGGCAGCUUGAAUUGGAUCAGUCUAAGUACUCGGCCAGAUAUCACUCCUGUUACCAGUCUGUUGGCCACGUACCUUCACAACCCAUCUCCAGGGCAUCUGACCAGCGCCAAACAUGUGCUACGCUACCUCAAAGGUUCCUCUGGGUGGGGAAUCACGUACACACAAAUCUAA